GAUCAUGACGUCAGCGGAAGUCAGGAGCUUAACCAGCGGAGCCACCCAGGUGCCCCUAAACCUUUUAAACUGCAUCGUGGACUUUGCUUAAACUCUAGGCACUGAAAGACAGCUGUGGAGAAGACCAAGCUCUGUUCAUCAGAGAUCUUUUUUCCAGGUGAACCGCCUUCACUGGAUGAUAAAUACAUUUUAAAGAUUAUUGAGUUUCGGAGGAGUCUAGCAGACCUCCAAGAACAAAAAUUACUCUUCAGGAUAAUAAAAUAAAACGUUUCCACAAUGUCCAUUGUAGAGUCAGAAAUUGCUAGACUUGCAAAGAAACAGGAAAAUAGCACGCAUAGGGAAAGAAUUCACUUGAUAGAAACUGACCAGGAGAUGGCUCAGGUAUUAGACGUAAAAUGCAAAGACUUGUCAGCAGUUAUGCUGAUGAAGUUUAAAGGCUUGAUGGAAGAUCUGGACUUAAUGGUUGAUGAGAUAAGGGAAUCCCUUAAAAAGGACCUAAAGGAAAUGUUAGGAGUAGAAAGUAAAAUGCCUGAAGUGAAGAAUAUAAAUAACUGCAAUACUAAAAAGGAGUUGCAACAAAUAAAAGGUUUAGCCAUGCAAAAAACAGGGUUACUAGAGAAGAUAGUAGGAGCAAACUCUGAAAUAGUUGAACCUACUGAAAAGUUGACUUCUAAAAGAAAAGAAGUGAGCAAGCCGAGUAACCAGUUAGACAGAGUUGAAGAGUAUAGUACAGACCAAGGUAAGGAAUUGCCCCAAGAUAAAUUACAAAAUGACAAAGUCAUGGGAAGUGUGGAAGAAGCCAUAAGCAAUCUAGACAACAAUUGCAAAGAACAUAGUAUCCAUAUGGAAGUGACACGAGAGAUUGGAGAGGAUGAACUGGUCAAAGAAAAAGUUCCUCAGAACUCUAAGAAUACAGAGAAAAUAAUAAAAACCUCCAGAGAAGAUGAAGGAGCGAUACUUACUUUGGCAGCAGACUUUUCAUCAGCAACACUGGACAUUAGUAAGCAGUGGAGUAACGUCUUCAGCAUUCUGAGGGAAAAUGAUUUUGAACCUAAAGUUCUGUGCCAAGUUAAAUUAAUACUUAAGUGUGAUGGUGAACUAAGGACCUUUGCAGAUAUGCAAAGUCUCAGCAAUUUUACUAGCCAAAAACCAUUUCUGAAGGAAUUACUGAAAGAUGUACUCCCACAAAAGGAAAAAAUAAAGAAAGGAAGAAGGUACGGGAUUCAAGAGAAAGUGGAGAAAACACUACUAGAUUCAAAGCAUGGAGCUGAGAGGGAAGCCAGUGAUGGUUUGAGCUUUCUAUUUGUUAAAGAGGUAAAGGUUGCAGAGCCAGAGGAGGUGAACAACUUAGAGACUCAGGAAGAAGAGGCUUCAGAGCUAGAAGAAGAGGGAGAAGAGGCUUCAGAGUUGGAUGAGGAAGAAGAGGCUUCAGGCCUGGAAGAGGAGGAUGAAGAGACUUCAGAGCUGGAGGAAGAGGACGAAGAGGAGACUUCAGGGCUGGAGGAGGAGGGAGAAGAAAAAGCUUCAGUAUUAUGUGAGAAACAGGAUUCAGCCUUUCAGCGUCAUUCUGUGGUAAAUACAAAGUGUGAAGCUGAAAUAAAAAGCAGUAAUGGCUUGGAGGUUGUUUCAGUUAAAGAGGUAGAAGAUUCUGAGCUGGAGGAAGAAGAAGGUUCAGAGUGGGAAAUGGAAGUAGUCUUAUCGUGGGAGGAAGGAGAGGACUCAGAGGUAGAAAGUGUAAAGACCGCCUCCCAAAUAGAGAAAAAGGGGGCUUUAGAUGAACUUAAUGAAAUUGCCUAUGAUUAUUUGGCUCAGGACUUUGAGAAGAAAAAAUUGGUAAAACACCAGAUGGUACAAAAAACCCAGAAUAAAGAGGAAAUGGCUGUACCGAAAAACCAAGGAGUUGGGACAGUCUGUCCCACCUUGACUUUGGCCUCUCCCUCAAAAUCACUAGAGAUAAGUUCUGUUAAGCAGAAAAGGCAAGUAAGUACAAAUUUGAGUACUCCGUCAGGAAUCAACAAGUUUUUAAGGAAAACUGAAAAAGAGCGACACAAAACUCUGCUGACAGAUAAGCGAACAUCUAAAGAAACAGACUUAAUACAAGAAACAGAAGAAGACUUCAGAAGAAAUGUAAUUAACAGCUUCAGAGAGCUACAGGAGGAAGUUGAAAAUAUUAAAAAUUACCUUCCAGAGGUCUUGGGAAUAAAAAACACAGUAGUUGUUCUGAAUAGCAGAAUAGACACACUUGAAGAGAGAAUGGAUAAUCUAGAGGAUCGUAUUGAAGAAUUCUCUAAGGAUACAGUGCAAAUGGCCAAACAGAUAAUAAAUAAAGAAAGGUCAAGAGACAUAGAGGAUAGAUCCAGAAGUUCCAACAUCCGUUUGAUAGGAAUUCCAGAAAAAAGUAAUAAAGAGAAUGGAGCAGAGGAAAUAAUUAAGGAAAUCAUAGAAGAAAACUUUCCAGAGCUAAAGGAUUCAAGUCUUGAGGUUGUUAGUGCUUACCGAAUACCUAGUAAGAUUGAUGAGAAGAGACUCACUCCUAGACAUAUCUUGGUGAAAUUUGGGAAUUCCACUGAUAAAGAAAAGAUCCUAAAGGCUUCCAGAAAAAGAGAAAUAACCUAUAGAGGAACAAGAAUCAGAUUGACUGCAGAUUUAUCAUUAGAUACUCUAGAUGCUAGAAGUCAGUGGAGCAAUGUCAUAAAAGUUCUGCAGGCAAAAGGCUUUACACCUAGAAUCCUAUACCCAGCCAAACUUGCAUUUGAUUUUGAAGGAAAAACAAAGACCUUUUUUGAUACCGAAGAAUUCACAAAGUUUGUUUCUUCCAUACCCUCUUUGAAAGAGUUACUGGAUGAUAUACUUUAACAAUCUAGGAGGUCUAUAAGUGCUUACACACUAUAUAUAUAUAUAUAUAUAUAUAUAUUACCUUCUUCCCACAGCAAGAAUCAAAAAGGAAAACAAUUACGUCACAUAACUACCCAGGAGGAUGGACUGUGAACAAUAUACUUGGGGAGUAGGUGAAAGGAAUGUUACAGAUACUACUAAAAUGUUCUACAAGUUAAAGGAUGUUUUAAAAUUAGUGUUAAUCACUGUAGCUUUUGCAGGAGUAGGCUUUAUACACCACUGGGGAAAGGGAGGGAAUCUGUCAUUGUAACCAUAGAGAGGUGGGGUGAAAUAAUAGAAAAACGGAAAAAGAUGGCAAGAUAAGUUAAUGCAAAAGUUGAACUUUAAACAUAAGUAUUCAGUUUUAGAUUAUCAUGAUGUGAAUCUUGAAUCUUUAUAUUAAACAUUUUUCCUCUGAA